AUGAUCUCAACUACCCUCAUGACCUUUUUACUGAUUACCAAACCGGAGGUCCGGUCGGUAAAGCUGCUUGGAUCAUGGGAUAAUUUCUCUAAGCAAUAUGUGAUGGAAAGGGAUAUGCGAAUCGGGCCCGGAAAUUGGAGAGGAUGCCACACCUUCACGGAUAUAAUAGGCGAUGGACCGGACAAGAAUCAAUGGCGAACAGGAGGUCUGAAGAUGGGUGGUACUUAUUGGUAUUAUUAUUUGCUCGACAAUGAUAUAGAGUAUUACAACGAGGCGGAGCCAACAACCACAAUGUGCCCGCUUCUUCCAGGGCAGCCUAUGAAUGUGUUGAAUGUCCCUAUUAUUUUACCCGACAGCCGCACACAUGGACGCUCGGCGAGUGGCAGCUCCCAGAAAUCCGAACAUCUUCGGACCAUGAACCCCGAAGACAAAUUUAUGAACCCGCGGAAGCCGCCACCCCAGCCUCAGCCUGUGCGUCUUCAGACAUCUGCACCAACCCACCGUGAACCGAGCCCCCCACACUCUUCGAGUAGAUCUCCGAUGACUGGGGUUUACCGAAGUGUAUCUCAGCCGCCCAAUGCCGCUCGUAAGGGCCACAAGAAAGAUUCACGUUCUAUGUCUCCCCCCAGAGCCCGAGCCCUUCUUGCUGCUUUUAGGCAGCCUGCUGAGACGGAUCGAAAAUUCGAGCCAGCGCAACCAGUGGUUACUUCUAAGAUGGCACCGCAGCAGAAAGAGUCUGUGGAGAAUCGCCGUGAUAUCCCUGGAAUCACGGUCAAUGCCGGAAUGGCGAUUCCAUCCACGAGCUCUCCCGACAAGCUUGAUCCGUCCACCAUUCAAAGUCGUCGUGCGAUGAAAGCAACCGCUGGGGAAACGGCACCGGGCCGUCUUCUCACAGUGCAGACACGUCCGGAGCCCAGCAGACGCAGUCCGUCCCGCAGUGCGGCAAAUGGAAGCACCGCGGAACUCGACGAACAUCGUACGAUCAGGGAAGCCUUGAAAGAUAUUGCUAGCUUUCGUGACUUACCCACGCCAACUGCCGCAUUUACCAAAGAAAAAAGGCUCCCUACACUCCCAAACACACCGUCUUCAGUCAUGGAUGAAGCAGUUCGCGCCAUCGACGAGAGAGACAAGGCAAUGAAUAGCGAGAUCCCGCGCAGCCACUUCUCUAGUAUGACAGCAACAACAAUCGAUACUACCCACUCCCGCGUCAUACCUGAAUACAGCCGGUUCUCCGAGUGGAGUACCGAUACCGACACCGACUACAACCCGCAUGAAUCGAUGGUAUCGGCAUCCACAUCCAACGACCACCAGGCCGAGUCUUCGCCCAAUGAAAUAUGGAGAACACCAGACCUCUCGCAGUCUGGUGACGGCGCAACAAAUACCGACCCAAACACCCCCCACCUCGCUGUCUACUCCAAACCCUCGUCUCCGAACUCCGAACUCCCUCCCUGGAGCGCAGGUCUCCCCGAACUCACAGUCUCCCUGUCCACACCUGGCUUUGACUGUUCUGGGUUGGGAAUUGAUAACAUGGAUGAAGUGGAAAGCAACCCUAAGCGCCAUGCUGCCCUAUUUAGCGCCCUUGAAUCUAUCGAGGCCCUCGCGAUGUCACGCAGCCCAAAUGGCUCCCCGAUCCUGCUCCCCGAAGUUACUAGGGGCUCUGAAACAGAGCAAAAUCUCUCUUUCGCAGAGCGGAAAGUGAGCGAUACUUCCCUUGAGUGUAUUCGCUCGCGUUGUAGCAAUGCCUCGUUCCAAGGGAAUGCUACUAUGCAGGAGUUGAUGGAUGAGCUCAGUUACCUGAAGAAUUUAAUCCAGGCUGACAUGGAUGGAGCUCCAUUUUGA